UCGAGUUCGACGUUGAGUAUUACGUAUACGCGCGAUAGUCUAUCGCCAACGUCGUCCGUGUCUCUCGACUUAGUCGGCCAACUGCUCGGAACACUGGGCUGCAUCUUUGGCGCUUGCGGCCGUGACGUUGGCCUUUUUGGCAGUGCUGCCGUCCAAUUCUCAUCCGCUGGGGCGAUUGACGGCAACCCCUUCAGCAGCGGGAACGACGGGAACGUGCAUCCUUCGCGCGAUCUCAUCCUGAAUAGCCUUCGGCAGCACGCGCAACGCGUCAAUGUCAAGCUGGUUUCCAGCCUGGCCGACGCCGUGAAGAAGACGGAGCCGCCCAGCAUCCAGGUUACGCCACGCAACCAGGGUCCCAUCCAGAAAGUCAGACGCGAUUGAGUCUCUGUCCAAGAGCGUGAAGCAGUUUGCAAACAAGGCUCUAAACUGUGGUGACGCGGAGAGCAAGUUGGCCGUUCCCGAACCGACGCUAAGCCUAGCUAAAAAGCUGGCCAAGCCUUCGGUCGCCGAGAGGAACUCGUUCGGUGACUCCGCGCUGGCCGACCUCACUCUAUAGUCAGACCAGCGUUGGCGUUCGCUCCUUGAGCGCGUUUCCUUGUCCUCUUUCGAGAAGCAGAUCUCCGAGCUGACCAAUGCCAAGUCAGCCACUUUCUCAAAUCACCGUCAGACUCGCAGGCAUGGCUCUGGCAGAGACUGGAGGAUGUGUGCUCUGUUGGCCUGCGGUCAUAAUUUAGUUGCCCGGGAACCGGCCAACGACCAUUAGGUGACUGUCGAGGACCACGGCUGACUCGCGGCCACACACAGGAAGCAGUGAGUGUGAGCAAAGAGCUGGCGCGGUGGAGCACGGAGAGAGGCCGAACGUCGAGCAAACCUUCGCGACGCGACCUCGACUCCGCCAGCAAGUACCAAUGCCUCGAGCAAGCCUCCAAGCAAGACAUGCAGCAGCUGGCCAAGCAGGUCGAAGAAGCGGAGGUGCAGUGCCGUGCGCGGACGCAGCAGGUGCAGCAGCUUGAAGCGACGCGCGCCUCCGAUAGCGACGAGCUCUGCCAGCCGGCACUCUGUUCUCGCCUGACCUGGGCAUAGAGAGCGACACCGGCCGCGGCGACGAGCGCAGCCGACUCAAUCAGGAGAACUGGCAGCUCAAGCAGAAGCUUACCAAGAGCCAAUCCAUCUUGGAACGCUGCUUUGAGGCGCUCUACAAGAACCGCGACCGGCUGCGCGUAUAGGCCUCCAUGGAGAAGAAGCUGUUGCGCACGGACGAGGUGCUUCUCAAGGCCUCGCACAACCUCAAGCUGCUGCCCAAGUCGCCCCGAAUUGCUGUCGUUAAGGUGCUGGACUAUGAGAGGACAAUGCCUAGCUUGAGUCCGCCGCUGAGGAAUAAACCAUCGCCGACGUCGUCCGUGUCUUCAACUUCGCCGGCCAACUGCUCGGAGCCCUCAUCUGCAUCCUCAGCGCUUGCGGCCGCGACGUCGGCCUUUUUGGCGUCGCUGACGUCCACUCCGAGAAGAAGAAGGAGGCGGAGCCAAGCACAGUAUGCACAAGUGCGCAUGCGUGAUUGGCAGCUGGCGUUGGCAGACCCAGACCCAGACUCCUGUCGUCCAGUCUGGCAGCGACAGCGACUGAAGGAUGACGUGCGCGGUGAUGUUCAACAGCCGUGAUUGAGGGGCCAAGCGGCCACUAGGCGACUAUCGAGGACCAUGGCCACAUUUCGGCCGUGCCGUGAACGAGGAUUAAGAGGCCUGCGAGGUGGCCGGCGACCACCAGGCGGCCAUGGAGGGCCGUGGCCGGCCAUGGACGGCGUGCGGGACAAGUCAGAGGGCCCCGCUCAGCCAGAUUCUGAUUCCCAGUUUGCGAGGCCGACUUUUCCCGAGUGCAUCGUCACGCGGGCUUGCAAGGAUAUCCGCAAAUUGGAGCAGCAGCAGCCUCCGCCAGCAGCAAAGGUCCUGCCUCCGACCCUGGCUUACC